CUGCCCGGACGGUUUAAAUAUCCGGGUUUAAUUGCACGGUCAUAUUUGUACGGGGCAGCGGCAGCAGUGAUGGCUACAAGUGAUGGACGCGAUUAUUUUCAGAGAACACGUCUCUUCUGGAUGGUCACCCUGUCAGUGGCGCUGAUAUAUUUCGCUUGCACAGUGUUUGCACCAGAUGUAGUCCCAUUUGAGCUCCUUGGUCCAUUUGGCACCUUCUCCAAAAACUUUGCAUAUAACCAUCCUGAUCUACUGUACAAAGGAGACACAGCCAGGGUCAUAAUGGAUAUGAGGAAGUUUUUUCAAAAACAGGAGCCACAUUCAGUCCAAAGAGGGAGAGAGGAAAGAGGGGGAGAGGAAAGAGGGGAACAUGAGAAGUACAAGAGUACUAUAAAGUACAAGAUCAGGAAGAAGCAGCAUGUCUUUAUUCUGUCCUUCCUUCCUCAUUGUGAUGAGUAAAGUUUACCUUCCUGGAUGGGCAGCUCUCUGGGUGCUCAGCACCCCCAAACUUCUGAUCCUGGAAUCGCCCCUGGUCACCACCCAUCUUGAGGAGUUUGCCCCCUCACAUAUACUAAUGUGCCACAAACAGGACUUAAUAUCACCAACCAUUCCCAUUUUAUUACGGUGUAUCCAUAUAAAUGGCCCACCCUGUAGAAAAGAAGUUAACCUCCUUGCCAUGAACAAGAAGACACUCACAGGUGAAAAAAAGAGAAAUGAAAGGCAGCACAGCCAAAGAGCUGAUAAAUAUAAAAGCCUCUAAUUAAACCCAAAUAACUGGGUGGAUAUUUUUAUCCACUCACUAUAGUUAACUGGAACUAAACUGAAAACUUAAACUAGCUGUGAAAAAGAAAUCUUUGUUUAACUUGAACUUGAAAAACUAAACUAAUAUAAAAUAAAAAUAAUUAUGUAGAAAAUAAACUAAAUUGAAUUUAAGGCAAAAAAAAAACCAAACAAAGUAGAAAUUACAGAAUAAGAAUCACUGUAUCACGACACCAUGAUGUUGCAGUACUAUGUUGUAAGUUUUGAGUCAUGGAUGCAAUGUGAACGUUCAUUUAGAAUAAACUUUAUUGGCAAAACAUGCGAACAAAAUAACAGAAUCAUAUUUAUAACUGUAUAUUCUCUAUAUUAUCAUACACUAUGUCAGCCAUACAACAUAAGAACAAAGCUUAACAGAAUCAAAUAUAUUAUAUCAACAUCUUCGUUUCCCAAACCAAUAAUUAACCUCACAGGGCUUCAUAAUCUUUACAGCAAACAACAUCCUCUGUUGUCAGAUCCUUAAAAUUAAUCAAUCAAAAUGGAAACAUUAUACAAUAACAUCUCUAUAUCUAUAAAUUAUUUUUGUUAAAAUUAUUUUUUACAUAAAGUCUUAUUACAGAUUAAAUUUAAUUUCAGCAUUCAUUAGGAUUUAACAUGUUUUUAUAUUACUCUCCAUAAUGUCUCUGCACAGAAAGAAAAUCCCCUUUUUCUCAUAUUUACAACUCACAGGCACCAUCUAUGAGCAGAGCCAAAUCUCUGGUCAUGAAUUAGCUGAGAGUACAUUCUUGGAAAGGGGAAGCCAAGAAAACAGUAUUAUGCAAUAUAACAACUGAUUUGUUUCUUCUUUUUUUUUUUUUUUCGUUUUUAAGUAAACUUGAAGAAAAUCAAAAAACAAUCCUAAAACUGUGUAGUAAUUACUGCAAAAACAUGGCUUUUUUUUAAAAAAAAUAUUUUGAAAAUACGUCAAACACUUGAGCCAUUAAAAAUACUCAUCAUAGCCAUCAGAAGUAAGGGGGCUCCUCUCCAGUGACUCCGUUGUACAGUCCAUUUCCUCCCAGCCAUUCCUCAUUCAGCUCCCACAUAAUAUCUUGCAAUGACAGCACUGGCAGUGAGCUAUGCUGGACCACUGGCGGAUGUCCUGCAUCCCUGCCGUCCUCAAGAGCUGCUACAGUCUCCCCAAUACUCCUCAUCUGUGGGGUCGGAACUUCCAGACAACCCGUUGGGCUGCUCUCUCGGCUGCUGUUGAAGUAUCCAGAAUCAGGAGUGUCUGCUUUGAAUAUUUGAAGGAGGUCGUGUAUGUCUGAACUAGGGUGCAUGGAGGCUGCCUGGCUGGAGCUUGAGUUGUAGCUUACCAUCUCCACGGAAGGCUGACGCCACGCAGGCACCCCAGUGGAGUUUUGGCAGCCUGUGUACUCCCACAGGUUUGAGCUGGGGUUACUGCCCAUUGAGCCUCCUGGUUCAAUCCCAUAGGAGACUCCACACUGUCCAUACGCUCCGGUGGCAUUGAAGGCAGGAGGAAACUGUCCAUUGUUCAACACCUGCUGCAUUUGAGGUGCAAAGGCCUGUGUGUGGCGGCAAGCCUGUGGACACUGCGCUGGGCUCUGAGACUGCCACUGGGCUUUGCUGGAUCCUUUUGAUUUUAGGGUGCGAGCUCUUCAGUUCUGAAACCACACCUGGACGGGAAAUGAAGGAAAAAUACGUGAGCUUAGAUUUAAAAGCAGUACAGCUAAAGCACUCUAUGCUGUGUUAAUAAUCAUCUUUCUCUUUUAAGCGGAAGCUAUCAGCUGUCAGUGUGUCUCUUCCCUCAAAUAAGCUCCUGAUAAAAACAGCUGGUGUUAUCUCAACAGAUAAAGACAUACAGUGAGCGCGGUAUCAAGUCCCCGCACAGCAACAGUGGAAGAGGUACAAAGUCCAUGAGGGUCUUUAACAAGCUCGCAGGUCGAAUAAUGUCAAAAGUAUUGUUAUUUUAUGUUAAAAAAAGGGAAAUCCUAACCUAAUCUAAACUUACAAGUUGUAUUUAUUUCAUCAUUAUAUUAAUCUUGCGCCUUCAUUAACAAAUGGAUGCGGGACCCGGGCAGGCCUGUGGUCUGGGACAGGCUCUCUCUGAUGGUGAUUCCAGGGUACGGGUCAGUCUCGAAGGUGGCGCGCAGCAGCUCCACGUGUUCUUUGGAGAAGCUGGUCCUCUUCCUGCGACUGGCGGUGCGAGAGGAGCCGUUGCCGGAGGCCACAGGAAUGGCGUCAUCUGUGCAAAGAAGAGAAAGCAGAUUGUUCCAUCAGAUCAGACGGGAUAUACAACCUAUUUUCUUGCUGUACUAUCUUUGCAGCUACAUAAAGAUGUAAAAUGUGGUAAUCCAGCUAAUAGUUUUCUUGUGAUCUUGUUGGUAUGAGUCACUGUGCAGUGUCCCAGGAAGCUGACUGUUCAUCCGGAUGCAGUGUUUCCAGCAGGACAAAUGUUUCUUCACUCAUCUAAGUGACUCUAUCAGUCUCCAGAUAUCACUUGGAUGAGAAAUGUUGUCUCAAUGAACAGAUUCAACUUUCUGGGAUUUUAAAAAUUGUCAAUGUGGAUGAUUGAGCGUGCAAAAAGCACGCCACACUUGGUGCUGUUUGCACCUGGUGGGCUGUUUGACCCAGGUGGAAAAACCUGAAAACACACAGUUUAGUUUUUCUAAGUUUUCAAACCUGGAGAGCAGCUCUUACCAUUAGAGGAGUCGUUCCACAUGGCAGCAGCUAGAAUGGAUCUCUGGAUGUGCAGCAGUUGAGAAUGGAGGUCACUCUUCUUUCCCUCGAAGUGUCUCUGAGUGUCCCCCGUUUACCUCAGGUCACCUUUUAUGAGCUGUCACCUGAGGCCUCCACAGGUGAUCCCAGUGACGUCACGACAGCUGGAUGGCUAACUCGGAGUACCCCCACCCCUUGACUCCGCCCCCACCCACGUACCCAUUAUCACCUAAGUUGAUUGAUCGUCGAAACCAGUUAAUUAAAAUACGACGUGCAUGAUUGUCGGCACAUGAUGGCCGCAUAAGAAACAGUAAACAUACAGAGCAAGGUAGAUCGCGAAGAUUAGCCAGCAACUUUUCUGUGCACAUAUUUGUAUAUCGAUACAGUUUUAUAUUUUUUAUAUAUUCGUUUGUGUUUUUCAUAUAUUUUUACUUUUAGUGUUAUAUUUUAUUUGUGUUAGUGCUCUGUGGUUUCAUUCCAGUAAUGUGGAUGCAUUGAAAUGUGCAGCAGAAAGAUUGUUAAGAGAUUUUUACAUUUACUUUCUCAGAAACUCACACCUUUUGAAAUCAUUCAUGGCAGACCAUUUCCACUGCCAAUCACAAGUGAACCUUUAGAUAAAUCAAUCA